UGCAGGGGGGCGGGGAGAGCUGCCGGCCGCCCCGCUCUGCCGGGCUCAGCAGGAAGGAGGGCGCGAGCAGCGCGAGCGGAAAAGGCGCCCCGCGCGGGCGAGCGCCAAAAAGGAAAGAAAGAAAACCGAGCGAGCGGGGAGAGCGAGCAAGCGCGCGCGCGAAAACUCCCGUCAGACAAGAUUAGACCUCAGACUUGCCAUGUAACAAAGGAUGACUUUAGAACUUUUGAUCUUCUUGUCUCCAUCUCCCAAGUGCUUGGAUUCUAGAUCCGUGGAUGCCACUGGACAGAAACUUGACGCUUCAGAUCAUCUUGGUAACGUAACAGAGCUCUUGGCCUACUCAUUACUAGGGGAAGAGGUAGCCCCUGUGCUGUGGAGAUGAGCGGGGAGCAGCAGCUUGAUGCAGAUCUUGGGUCUGGUGUAGAAGUAGAAGAAUUCAGCUGGGAAGAUUAUCUAGAAGAGACAGGCUCCACCACAGUUCCCUAUGCAUCAUUUAAACAUGUGGAUAUACGUUUGCAAAAUGGAUUUGCUCCUGGGAUGAAGCUGGAGGUAGCUCUGAAAAAAGAUCCUGAGACUUACUGGGUUGCCACCAUCAUUACUGCCUGUGAGCAGUUGCUUCUGCUCCGUUAUGAAGGCUAUGGGGAAGACAGAAAAGCAGACUUCUGGUGUGACAUCAGGAAAGCUGGCCUCUAUCCCAUCGGGUGGUGUCAGCAGAAUCAGAAGACCCUCGAAGCUCCAGAAGGCAUCAGAGAUAAAGUGUCUGAUUGGAAUGCAUUCCUACAGCAGACCCUGAUAGGAGCCUGUGGUCCUCCUGUGUCUCUGCUAGAGGGCCUCCGUAAUGGAAGGAAUCCUUUAGAUCUCAUUGCUCCAGGGUCCAGACUAGAAUGCCAGGAUUUUCGGGACUCUUUAAGCACUUGGCUUGUUACUGUUGUGGAGAACAUUGGAGGACGGUUGAAGCUGCGGUAUGAAGGCCUUGAGAGCUGUGACGGUUUUGAACACUGGUUGUAUUACUUAGAUCCAUUUCUUCAUCAUAUUGGUUGGGCUGCUCAGCAAGGAUGUGACCUUCAGCCCCCAUUAGCCAUCAGACAUCUGAGGAGUGAAGCUGACUGGCAAAAGAUUUUGGCCAAAGUGAAAGAGGAAGAGCCGUUACCCUCUUACUUAUUUAAGGAUAAGCAAGUUAUUGGAACCCAUGAAUUUUCUAUAAACAUGAAGUUGGAAGCUGUGGACCCAUGGUCUCCUUUUGGGAUUUCUCCUGCAACAAUUGCUAAGGUGUUUGAUGAUAAGUACUUUCUAGUGGAAAUGGAUGACCUUCGGCCAGAAGACCAUACAAGGCGAUCGUUUGUGUGCCAUGCUAACAGUCCUGGUAUCUUUCCUGUGCAGUGGGGUCUAAAGAAUGGUUUACACAUCAACCCUCCUCCAGGCUUCCGGAGCCAGGACUUUGACUGGGCUGACUACCUCAAGCAGUGUGGUGCUGAAGCUGCUCCCCAGAAGUGCUUCCCACAGUCAAUUUCUGAGCACCAGUUUAAGGAGAACAUGAAACUGGAGGCAGUGAACCCUCUUUUCCCUGAAGAAGUGUGCAUUGCCACCGUUACUGCAGUGAGAGGCUCAUACCUGUGGCUCCAGCUAGAAGGUUCUAAGAAGCCUGUACCCGAAUUUAUUGUAAGUGCGGAGUCGAUGAAUAUAUUUCCUUUGGGCUGGUGUGAAACCAAUGGCCAUCCUCUCAGUACUCCUCGCCGGGCACGAGGGCAUAAACUGAGGAAAAUUGCAGUCGUUCAACCAGAGAAACAAAUACUGUCUUCAAGAACUGUGCACGAGGGCCUGAAGAAUCAGCUGAACUCUACCCACUCAGUGAUGAUCAAUGGAAAAUACUGUUGUCCAAAGAUAUACUUCAACCACCGUUGCUUCUCAGGGCCAUAUCUUAAUAAAGGAAGAAUUGCUGAACUGCCUCAAUGUGUGGGACCUGGGAACUGCGUUCUGGUACUUAGAGAGGUACUUACUUUGCUUAUCAACGCAGCAUACAAACCCAGCCGUGUCCUCCGUGAGCUCCAGCUGGACAAAGACUCUGUGUGGCAUGGAUGUGGGGAAGUCCUAAAGGCCAAAUAUAAAGGAAAGAGUUACCGAGCUACUGUUGAGAUAGUGAGAACAGCGGACCGAGUGACUGAAUUCUGCCGGCAAACAUGUAUCAAGCUGGAAUGUUGUCCCAACCUCUUUGGUCCACGCAUGGUUCUGGAUACAUGUUCUGAGAACUGUUCUGUCCUUACAAAGACCAAAUACACGCACUAUUAUGGAAAGAAGAAAAAUAAAAGAAUUGGGAGGCCACCUGGUGGGCAUAGUAAUUUAUCUUGUGCCCUGAAAAAAAGCAGUAAGAGGAGAAAAAGGCGGAAAAAUAUUUUUGUUCAUAAGAAGAAGCGUUCUUCUGCAUCUGUUGACAAUACCCCAGUGGGCUCACCCCAGGGAAGUGGGGGUGAAGAUGAGGAGGAUGCAGAUGAUGGAGACGAAGAUUCCCUAACUGAGGGCAGUACAUCCGAGCAACAGGAGGAGUUACAGGAAGAGUCUGAAGUGUCAGAAAAAAAAUCCAGCUCCUCUUCUCCCACCCAGAGCGAGAUGUCCACCCCACUGCCCCCAGACACACAGACCAAUAAAAGAGACGCCCAGACUUCCUCAGUCUCGGAUGAUGAAAAUAAGCCUCCCUCACCAAAGGAAAUAAGGAUUGAAGUUGAUGAAAGGCUUCACCUGGACAGUAACCCACUGAAGUGGAGUGUGGCCGACGUCGUGCGGUUCAUCAGGUCCACUGACUGUGCUCCGUUGGCAAGAAUAUUCCUUGAUCAGGAAAUCGAUGGGCAGGCCCUUUUGCUCCUUACCCUUCCCACUGUUCAAGAGUGCAUGGACUUAAAGUUGGGCCCCGCCAUCAAGCUUUGCCAUCACAUAGAGAGAAUCAAGUUUGCUUUUUAUGAGCAGUUUGCCAACUGAGAAGGACAAGCCGACUGAGCUGGGUCUUUGAAGCACAGUGCAGCAAGCCCUGCUCUGCAGGUGGCUGCAGUGGCCCUGGGCUGUCGGCCUGCAAGUGUUGUCUUGCUAUCUUUGCACUUUCAGGGAAGGAGGACCCACACCGAGGAAGCAAAACAGCACAAAAAUGGCUCUCCUACAGUGGAAAUAUGGACUUUUGUUUAGAAGAUUCCAGUUUAAAAAAAGUUGUGAGAAAACAUUAAAAGUCUGAAUUACCGUUAAUGGGACCUGAAAACAAAGAAUGAUGGUGACAGCUGGACAGCACCAAUUUGGUUAUUUUCAUUCUGUUCCUUCCCUCUGUAGAUUGGACUCUGUUCUCUGCUUUCUCUUUCUUGAAGAGAGGACAUAGCUUUAAGUCAGCACUGGUUGGGACUGUGCCUAAGGCACAUCAGUGCUUCAUUGUUCUUGUGUUUUUAAGCUUUUUUAAAUUAAAGCAGUUCAUUUUGGGGAU